AUGCUUUCUUUGCUUAUCUUUUUCUCGAUUUCUGAAAGCAAUCCUAUUAGUGGCUGUGAAAAUAUUGCAUCUGAAGAAAUUAAGGCAGGAUUCACAUUAGUUAAAACUAUUGAAUCAAACGGAAUAUUAUGUUUCAAAGGAUCAGCUUUAUUAAAGGCAGACAAAAACUUCGUUGCAACGUAUGCUUUUGUGUCCGAAAAUAGUGCCUCAACUUCUACAAUGACUAAAGAAAAUCCGUUUCUUAUUGGUUCAGGUGAUAAAACAACUUAUAUUAAGAUUGCUCCAAAAGAUCCUAACGAGAAAUUACAAAUAUCUCUUACUGGCGCUCGUUUAUCUUCAAAUAGUGCAUCGCUUUUCAAAGUUGGAGUUUUUUCUACUCUGAAAUAUUUCCAAAAGUCAAUUUCUAUUUCAAAUACUCAGAAUUUGCAUUUGGUUGCAAUCAAUGAAGUUCCUUUUAGAUUUACUUGA